AUGGUAGGUGCCAAAGCCCAGGCAGAUAUCUACGAUCAUUCGGCGUUGAAAGCUUUGUUUUCUUCUUUCUUUUUCUUCUUCCUUUUCAUCAUUAUUUCAGCUCCCAGCACAUAUCUACGAUCAUUCGCCGCUCCAAGCACAUAUCUACGAUCAUUCGCCGUUGAAAGCUUUCUGAUUUCUUCUUUCUUUUUGUUCUUCCUUUUCAUCAUUAUUUCAGCUCCCAGCACAUAUCUACGUUCAUUCGCCGUUGAAAGAUUUCUGAUUUCUUCUUUCUAUUUCUCCUUCCUGUUCAUCAUUAUUUCAGGUCACAGCACUGAUCUACGAUCAUUCGCCGCUCCGGGCACAUAUCUACGAUCAUUCGGCGUUGAAAGCUUUCUGUUUUCUUCUUUCUUUUUCUUCUUCCUUUUCAUCAUUAUUUCAGCUCCCAGCAUAUAUCUACGAUCAUUCGCCGUUGAAAGAUUUCUUCUUUCUUUUUCUUCUUCCUUUUCAUCAUUAUUUCAACUCCCAGCACAUAUCUACGAUACAAUCGCCAUUGAAAGAAUUCUGCUUUCAUUUUCUUCGUCCUUUUCAUCAUAUUUAAUCUCCAAACACAUAUCUACGAUCAUUCGCCCAGAUAUCUACGAUCAUUCGGCGUUGAAAGCUUUGUUUUCUUCUUUCUUUUUCUUCUUCCUUUUCAUCAUUAUUUCAGCUCCCAGCACAUAUCUACGAUCAUUCGCCGUUGAAUGCUUUCUGAUUUCUGAUUUCUUUUUCUUCUUCCUGUUCAUCAUUAUUUCAGGUCACAGCACUGAUCUACGAUCAUUCGCCGUUGAAAGCAUUCUGAUUUCUUCUUUCUUUUUCUUCCUCCUUUUCAUCAUUAUUUAG